AUGACCUCCUCACCGCGCGGCACCGUGCCAGCUCCGCUCGCGAACUCGCACUCCGCACACACGCUGCUCUCUCGCGCGCACUCCCCCGACGCAGCCUCACGGAUCUUCGCCGAGAAAGUCAAAACCAAACCGCUCCUUCUCCAGCCCACAUCCUCUGCCGACAGGGACAAGCGCGCCCUGCGCCGCCGCAUCCGUCUCCGCAAAAAGGAACACUACCUGCGCAAACGCAAACCGAAACCACUAAGUGCCCAGGAGAAGAGGGAGUUGGGGGUCUUCAAGCUGAAGAAGGAGGAGGUCAAAUAUGACAUCUACAAGGGCCUGCAUGAGCUGUGGAAGGGAUAUAUACUGGAGGUCCUCGGGUUCGUCAAGGGCGGCCAGACCGUACAAAGCAGUUUGGGGAGAGUGGUCAAGGCGCAAAGUCACGGCUCGCUCCUUGCGAGCGCGGACUUCCAUGGCGCGGAACUCGAGGUGGUUCGCUGCUCGGAUGCCGGCAAAAUAGGCAUCAAAGGCAUUGUGGUGAGGGAUACGAAGUUCACGUUUGUGGUUGUCACGGCAAGGGACGAGGUGAAGACGUUGCCAAAGAAGGAUUCUGUGUUUCGGUAUGCGAUCCCCGUCCCAGAGGACCGAAACGAAAUUGGGAACGAAGAUCCGCACAAAGAGAAAGACGAGGGCAGAGAGGAAAGUAAGCGGAGGAGAAUGCUGGUGUUCGAGCUACACGGGAACCAGUUCGAAUUUCGGCCAGCAGAGAGAGCAAACCGGAAGUUCAAGUGGAAGGCCAUGGAUUACUUGUGA